CUUAACUGACUCCGCUAUGCAGUCCGGGCAUGUGUCUCUACCAGAGAAGACACAAUGGAAUCCUUUCUACAGCAACUGACUCGUGGCAAUGGUUUUUUGCUCAUCUUUAUUCUGGGAGCUGGAGGAAGUUUUCAGUCUGGUUACCACUUGUCUGAUUUAAGUUCUCCCUCACCGUUUAUACAGCGCUUCAUCAACAGCAGCUGGUAUGACAGACAUGAUGAGCCUCCGCCUGCUCAGACCGUCACCAUGAUCUGGUCUCUGAUCGUCUCCUUGUAUGCGGUCGGGGGACUCUGUGGUUCUGUCUCAGUCAAAUUCAUCUCAGGCAGGAUGGGGAGAAAAAAGGCAGUGAUCUUCAACAGCUUCCUUUCCAUGGUUGCAGCAGGGAUCAUGCUGACAAGCAAAAUGGCCAACUCCUUUGAAAUGAUCAUUGUGGCAAGGAUCCUGUACGGCUUCUCAUCGGGUUUGGGAGUGAGCUUACAUGUGAUGUACCUCGGAGAGAUCGCUCCCAGAAAGAUUAGAGGCAUAGUAACACUCACCUCAGCAACCUUCUCGUCUCUUGGCAAACUCUCAGGACAUUUUUUUGGAUUAAGUGAGAUCCUUGGACGUGAGGAGCUGUGGAACAUCGUCCUCAGUGUCCCUGCAGUUUUCUCUCUGGUUAAUAUCAUGGUGCUGCCUUUUCUUCCUGACGCUCCCAGAUAUUUACUUAUAGAGAAAGGUGACGAUAAGGCAUGCAAAAAAGCCCUCGUGAGCCUGUGGGGUCCAGCUGACUACAAAGAGGAGAUGGAUGAGAUGUUGACGGAGCAGGCUGCCAUUGAAGCCGCUCCACCAAAGAGCUCCCUGCAGCUGCUGAGUGACAGGACGGUCCGCUGGCAGCUCAUCUCCAUGUCCCUCAUCUACACCUGCAACCAGCUGUCCGGCAUGUCUGCUAUCAGCACCUUCUCCUUUGACAUCUUCAUGGAGGCGGGGAUACCGGCAGACAAGAUCCGCUACGUCAGUGUUGGUCUCGGAGUUUGUGAGAUCCUCACCUCAAUGUCCUGUGGUCUGAUCAUUGAGCGCACAGGCAGGAGGCCGUUGCUUUGGGGGGGCUAUGGAGUCAUGUCGGCCUGCUUGGUGUUUGUUACUGUCACAAUGAACCUGAAGGACUCCAGUUACUGGGUUCCUUACGUUACUAUUGGUUUGAUCUUCAUCUUCAUCAUCUUCUUUUGUGGAGGACCUGGGGGAGCGACAGCGACUCUCAACAGUGAGUUGUUUAUCCAGUCCAAUCGAGUGGAAGCGCUGGUCCUCAUGGGAAUCCAGCGCUGGUCUAUCUUCGCUGUGAUGGGUUUCAUCUUUCCAUUCCUCAUUGAGACCCUCCACUCUUACUGCUUUGUGCUGUUCGCUUGCAUGUGCCUGCUGGGUUGUCUCUUCGUCUUCUUCGUCCUGCCAGAGACCAAAGGAAAGACCCUGCUGGAGAUCUCUGAGGAGUUUGAAGCUAUCACUGUCUGUGGGAAAUCCUUCGUAGGGAAGAAGAGUGUGGAGACCAGGUUAUAAUACAGAGCAGAUACAAGUAGCUACAGACUGUUGAGAUGCAAGAGUUUGACUUUUUGCUGCCCACAAAUGGGUUAAACUAUAUGAUAAACAUUACGAAUGCAUCUUUAUUGCACAGCUUAACGGUUUCUUUCCAGAGGGAGGAUUUUUACUGAUUCGUCCCACUCUUGCAGACCCAACUUUAACAUUUAGUACAGCAAAAAAACACUGAAAGAAACAGGUAUAACGUAGUAGAAACAUGCUUAGAGGAUUUUGUAUUCCAAAAAGAUGAAACUGAAGUAACAGCCUUAGUUUAUUUGACCUUACAAAUUUGUAUUCAUGAAACGUCAUCAAUGAGGAAAUGACUCUGCCUACAGAGGGUGA